GAAGGAUAAUUUCUGGUAAAUGGGAGAUGUAGGGCCAUGUGGUCCGUGCUCUGAAAUUCAUUUCGAUCGUGUUGGCGGCCGCGAUGCUUCACAUAUUGUAAAUGCUGAUGAUCCGAUGGUGGUUGAGAUCUGGAAUCGUGUAUUUAUACAGUUCAGUAGGGAAGAAGGUGGCGCUUUGCGGCCACUUCCAUCAAAACAUAUUGACUGUGGAUUAGGACUCGAGCGACUGAUUGCUGUCAUCCAGCAGAAAACAUCAAACUAUGAUGCGGACAUUUUUCAACCAUUUUUCAACAUAAGGAUACAUUCCCUGGGCUUCGCCGAGACCCGGAGACUUCAGGAUAUCAUAAAUGAUGAAGAAAAGCAAUUUUUGAAGACAUUGAACCGUGGGCAGUCUUCCAAAAGAUGUUUUGUCAAAGUCAACUUUGUUUUUCACCCUCGACUCGAAACCCUCGACUCGUACAAGAAAUUAGCUGACGCAGCUGUAGCUGAGAAGGUCUUGUCAGAAGCAAAAGAGCUAGCACAAGGCGACCAUCAGGAUGUACUAGUUCACGUCUUUUCUUUUGGAGCCAGUAGUAAGGUACUUGACAAUGCUUUGAAACAGUUCAAGACCACAAAAGCUGUCAUGGGAUUCUCCGUGAACGAAGAAAGUGGAAAAGUGCUAGUGCUUGCUAAGGUUGACAAGUCUUUGAUCGAAGGAGGCUUGAAGGCUAAUCAGUGGGUUAAUGAAGUAUGUAUAGUUCUUGGUGGGCGAGGCGGAGGAAAAGAUGCAAACGCUCAGGCAACCUCAACCUUUACGUGUCAAAUGGAAAUUCAACGAUUUUUCGUUGAUGGAUUGCCCUGUUAA